AUGAGCAAGCCAGCUACGACUCUUGAUGGACUUCAGGACGGGUCGGUGGAGCUGCAGAAACGGCUGUCGGCCAAAAGAGACGCCGAGGGAGAGCUCAAGCACGAGGAGGACCGCAAGCUACGGAAGGAGGGCAAAACCCAGACGCCUGUGACGAACCAGGAAGGAGAUGUUUUGAACCCGUAUAUCCCGCGAUUCAUGUCGUCAGCGCCGUGGUACGCUAAGGCGGGUGAUGACGACCCGUCUGCGUCUUCGUUGGACCAUCUGAAGAAGGACAAGACGGACUCCAAGAAGGAGGAGUGGUACGCUCGAGGCCAGGAUCGAAGUUCCCUUGAGCGACCCAAAAAGUUCCGCAAGGGCGCGUGUGAAAACUGCGGUGCCAUGACGCACAAAAAGAAAGACUGCAUGGAGCGUCCACGAAAAGUGGGUGCGAAAUACAAGGCCGACAACCUGCAGGCCGACGACGUGAUAUCCAACCCGCACAUGAGCUGGGAUUCGAAACGAGAUCGAUGGAACGGCUACGACGCCGAAGACUUCAAGCGAGUCAUCGACGAACAUAACAUGACCGAAGAGCUGCAGAAGAAGCUGCAUGGAGACGCCCCAGCUGAGACCGAUGCCGAGAAGGCUGCUGCUGUGGAGGAGGCUAUUCGAAAGUCCACACGAACAUUGCGACUGCGAGAAGACACGGCUGUGUAUUUGAAAGAUCUCAACUCGGAGACCGUCUACAAUCCGGGCAGUCGGACGUUUCGAACUGCUGAUGAGGGUUACAUUGACAAGGACGGAAUGUUUGUGAGACACACGACUGGUGAAGGAAAAGAGAUGGAGGAGCUUACUCGUAUUGCCGAGGCUGAAUCGGCGCUGGGAAACCAGAUCCAUUUGCAUGCCAACCCCACGGCCGCCGCUAUUGCGGCCAAGCGGAUCAAGGAGGAGGCCGAGAAAGCCAAGGACGCCGAAAAACGGGCGCUCGAGGAAAAGUAUGGCAAACAAGACCAUGUUCGAGUACGACCCAAAGAAUACACUUCUGUGGUGACGGCAAAGAAGCCCACAGUGAUCCGUGCCAAGAACGCUCAGGGUAUUGCUGUUUCCAAGUAUGAGGAGGAUGUGUUUCCAGGCAAUCACACUUCUGUUUGGGGAAGCUACUAUGAUAAGGAGACUGCCAAAUGGGGUUAUGCUUGCUGUCAUUGUCUGAUCAAGAACGGCUACUGUGUUGGAGAGAAGGGCAAGAAGAAGAAGGGGGCUAUGGAUACUGUCUGA